GUGAAGAACAUAUUUUUUUCGGUCGACACCAACCAACUUUAUUACGCUAGGUAUUGAAUUUUAUUGUGUAUAAAGUCAAACAAUAUUGAGCCGCACAUGUGCCCACAAAGGGGAGUCGUCACAUUUUUUCGAAACAAUAUGCUCGGAACAAUACGUAAGGUGUGUUGCUUUACACUAAUUAUUUAAAUAACUGAAUUCAAUGACAAACACACCUUGUUCAUUCGGUACGUAUCCUUAGUGGCAAUUAGGCAUGUUACAGUGUUGAAUGGUGUCAUAUUGUAAGGUAGCGAAGAGAAAAAAUGGUCAAUUGAGUGCGUAUCGCGUUGUGCAUCUGUCUAAUAUUGGAUCAGAACUGGAUUACAUUUUCAAGUGAUCUAAAAUAUCCCGAGCCAAAGAAGAACAGAAAUGAAGUUAAAGUCGAUUAACAAAUACGUAGUAAAUACUGAGAGUCAAGACGUUGUUGAACCAGAGGACGAUGACUACAUAGCCAAAUGUAUAGGUCCUUUCGGUACCUGGCAAGCAAUUAUAUGGGUUAUAUCGAUAUCUUCUAAGUUCAUAGUGAUCGCCAACGUUAUAUCAAUAGUUUUCUUGACGCCGAACACAGAGUUUAAAUGUGUGAAGUUCAAAGGCGAGCCUCUUGUGGAUGUACAGAAUUCCACGUGCUACGAAGAUUGUAUCAAAUAUGAGUAUUAUAAUACUCUUUUCAAAGACACUUUGAUAUCGAGGUUUGAUUUGAUUUGCGGUGAUGCUUGGCUCGCCAGUUUUGCUCAAUCAAUUCUGAUGCUUGGACUGCUCGUGGGCGUACCAGUAAUUGGUUGGAUCUCUGAUAGAUUCGGCCGUGCUCUAGCCUUCCGCCUCACUACUCUUAUAGCUGUAAUAUUCAUGAUAGGAUCUACGUUUGCUCCCACUUAUUGGGCCUUAGUGGUUCUACGAUUCUUUGUUGGCUUCGGAACGGGUGGUAUUGUACCACUCAAUGUAAUAAUUUGCGUGGAAUCCGUGGGAAAGCAGUAUAAAGAUUUGGUUGGAGUAGCUACUAUGUCUGCAGAUGGAAUUGCCCAAAUGAUCUUAACUGUCAUCGCUUACUAUUCACCAUCUUGUUAUCUUUUGAGCUUAACAUGUGGAUUUUUAUCUAUGUUCAUUCUGACGACUAUGUUUAUAAUACCUGAGACACCUCGAUGGUUGAUUGCCAACCAAAAGGGAGAAGAAGCUUUAGAAUUGAUGACCAAAAUCGCCAAAAUAAACAAUCGUGAUGUAUCCCAUAUAAAAGACACUUUGAACGAAACUUUAGUAAGGCUGAAGUGCGAUCAAAAGGAAAAUAUUAAAAUGAAUUUCGCCGAUUUGUUUCGAACGAAGACAAUUGCCGUUAUAACUAUGAGCUCGAUUUUUGCUUGGACCUUCAUCGGUAUAGCUUACUACGGUAUUAAUCAGUAUUCCACAUUACUUGGUACGCAUGUUUACGCAGUAGCUGCUACAAUGGGACUGUUUCAGCUCGUCGGCAGCAUCUUUUCGUCCAUCGUCAAUAGAAAGAUGCGCCGUAAAACUGCAAGCAUUAGUGCUUUGAUCGCCUGCGGCAUCUGCAUGAUGGUGCUGAUCUUCAUCCCUGACGGCCACUGGUGUGGCAUCGUCGCCGUCACCGUCGCAUACACGGCCAUCACCACAAUAUUCUGCGUUAUUUACGUGCAAAUAAACGAACUAUACCCUACACCAUUAAGGAACAUGGGCUUCGGUUUGAGCUCCAGUGGGAUAAAAUUGGGUGCUAUGGUUGCCCCUUUUAUUGCUAACACCCAUCCUCAUUGGAUAGCUUCUGGUAUAUUCGCUAUAAUACCGAUUGUAACUAUUGCGUUUUGUUUACCGUUGCCUGAAACUAAGGGCAAGAGCUUACAAGAUAUUGUGAAAUAGUUUUAUCGAUAUUUUUCUUUAUAAGGAUAAGUUUAUACUGUUGCAUUUUCUUGGGCAGUUUCAAGUAACUCCAAUAUAAACAAAAACAUAAUUUAAGGAAGGGUUAAUUGCAGAGAUAUGCAGGUACGUUUUUUUAAUUUGGCGGCCCCACUUAACAUAAUAUUGCUCUACAAUAUCCUCCCUAGCGACGGCCCUGAUUCGCUCGAAUAUCCGAUAAUCCGGAAGUUUUUUGGAUAUCUAAAUAAAUAUUUAUAGACAGACUGCAGAUAAAUUUAUCAGAUGAUCAGUGAUGUUGCACGCCCUCAAAUCAGAAGAAUGCACUGGAUGCUGAGGUUAAAUUAAGCAUGGCUUAUUUUUUUUUAUUAUUUAUUUAUUGAAUUUCACAUUACUAUAAAUAUGUUAUUAUUACAUUUAGCCAGUACUACAAAAACCUGUGUAGAUUUUACCGAGCACUGGGAUUCGUCAUCUUUUAGAUCUUUUUUUUCCGCAUUAAUUUCGGCUAUAAAAUAAAUUCCCAUUAGGAGCUCGAUUCAUCAGAUUCGGUUCCCUGGAUUAAGCAUGAAAGCGUUACAAACUACUUUCGAAUUAUUUAUUAGAUCUUUUUCUUUAAAAUUUCAACAAAACAACUUUUCUUUAGUUAGGUAUAAAAUCUAGCAGGAUAAUGUAGGCGUAUUAACUUCAAAUAUUACACAAUUUAUUACAAUUGAUUUUAUUUUGUGAGUAUAGUGUUAUUUUUUUUAUCGUGUAUCCACUUUCGUCUUAAUUGAUUUAGGAUGUCAAGUGGAGUAGAGUUUAUCGUUGAAUACAUUCGACCUUCAUUAUCUUUAUGGUGACAUGUUGAAGUGUAGAUGUGUCUGCAGUCACAUGACUGUCAAUUUCAGAUUGCGAUAGGGGUUAUCAUUGCUCGAGUGUUGAUAAGUUACAUCCCAAUCAUGUUCCAUGUUUAGUAAUAAGUUGUAUGAUAUGUUUAGAAUAUUAUCGUCCUUUUGAUAUCGGCAUUGUUUUGUUUUUCAUUCAAGUAUUUUGAAUUUUGAGAUCUCUUUCAGGCUAUUUAAUAUUUGUGUUCUUGAAUUGUAUGAAUGUUUCUAUUCGAAUAAUAUAGUUCCAUAUUUUUUUUCAACAAUAAAAAAUUGAAUAUUUUUUUAAAAUAUUAAUUUGGUGUUCUUUUAUUAAGUAUAUUGAUUUUUUAUACAUAUUAAACUAACGUUUUCAUUUCUAAAAAAAAAACUGAUUUGAAAUCUAUUGUUAUUUAAUAUUCAACUAAUGAUAUUAAAAUACCUAUAAAAUAAUAAGUAAUAACAAAAGUGAUACACAUUAAUUUUUAAGUAUAUUUUUUUAUAUCUUAAGAAAAAAUCCAGUGUAACAUUUUAUUAUAUUAGAUCUAACAAUACAAGGUACAUAAAAAACUACCCGAGGUAGUUAUAUUAUUAGUUACCUUAAAAAAAUGCAAUGUACUCUAGAUGAAUCAUUUAAUAAAAUGUUAUGCUAUUUUAGUUAUAAAAAUCGUUGAUUUUAGAAAUGACUUUAGCAUGUUGUUUAAUUAAUUAACAAUAAAAUGUAACGCCGGUUCUAUACAAUAUUUGUUGGCAUUUAUGUAUAUUUUAUUUAAGAGGUUAAUCAGCACAUUGUUUUCUAAGGAUAUAUUUAAUUUUUUGACAUUUUUCGGCUCAAUGCUAAUUAUUCCAUCAUACCCUAUAUUAUCAGUGUUUUUUUACUUUUUGCAUUCAUGUAAUAUAUAGCCUGUUAAAUAUUAUUUUAGAUAAAGAAACCAUAUGCAAAAAUCAAUU